AUGUCUGAAAUGGAUUCACAAGAUAACAGCGAGGAGUCUUACUCGAUGUAUCCAAAGACCUCUUCUCCACCUCCACCUCCACCAGGCCCACAUCAAUCCGGAAUGCAUUUUUCAGUUUACCAACCUGCAGUGCCUAUGUACAGUUAUCCACAGACACCUUAUAUGUACACAGGUCAAAUGCCCUCUUAUGGUUUCAAUAUGAUGGGACAAAAUCAGAUGAUGUAUCAACACAACGCAAUUCCACAGUCAGGAACCAGUGAUGGCAAAAAGAAGUGGAACCAUGGCAAUGCUAAUGGAACCAUGGCAAAUGGCAAGGUCCAUCAUUACCAAGCUAGUCAGCACACAACAAGCUACCAUCCUCAUUCUGCAGCAGGUGGAAGUGCUAAAUUUAUCCCAAGUAACAAAAGUAACAGUAGCAGUUCGAGUUCUGUCAAUUUUAGCAAUCCAUCAGCCUCUGCCAGUUUUAAUCCACAACUGAAAUACAAAUUUGAUAUCUCAAAGUCAAAUGCAGAGGAAGUCAUUAGUUCUACAUCAUCUUUUCCAUUAUUUUUUAAUACUAACGAAAAAGAAUUUGCUGAAGCAAGGAAAAUAAGACAGCAACUAAGAAUGAAAACAUUGGAUAGACAAGAGAGUUCAUCCGUUGUAGCUCCUUCAGAAGAACAAAAUGACACUCCUGAAGAAAAGAAAUCUAUAAUUGAUGGCUCGACUAAAACUGAAGAUAUCAAAGAAAGUGAAAAAUUGAAACAAGAAGUGAACAAUGUUCCAGAACCGGUAAACGAUAAGGUUGAAAAAUCUGCAGGCUCCGAAAAUAUCUCUCAAGAAACAACUAUUGAAACAGAUAAGAAAGUAGAAAAGGUAAGUCAAAGUAAUGCUACCGCUACAUCGGUAUCCGCCAGCACUAGUAUUUCUACUUCCUCGACAAGUUCUAAAACCAUAUCAAAAUCAUGGUCUGCAAUUGCCUCAAACGCCAUUAAUAAGUCAAGAACACAAGCUACUUUAUCGGCUACUUCGAACAUACUUUCAUCGCCAUCUAUUGCAUCGUCUUCUUCUUCCGUUUUAGCUGCAACAGUUGAAACGACUGCCCAAUCCCAGGUACAAGUUCCACAGAAGAAGGACAAAAAAUAUGUGCCUCCAUCCAAUGUAGGUAUAGAGCCAUUAGGCGCCACUGCAUUAAGAAUUUGUUAUGACCCAGAUUUUAUUAUUUACGUACUUAAACAAAGUGAAAAGUCAUUACCAAUCAAGAAUAUUGUACCAAGAGGUAUCAUUAACAGUGCCAACAUCUGUUUCAUGAGUUCGGUUCUUCAAGUUUUAUUAUCUUGUGCACCAUUUAUAAACAUAUUAAAUGUUGUUAGUAUCAACAGUAAUAUCAUGAAACCAGGUGUUAAUCAAACAAAGCUGUUAGAUGCAUGCAUUAAAUUAUAUUCAAGAUUCGACAAGGAAUCAUUUGAAGCUGAGAAAGAAAAAGAAAAGGACAACGAGUCCAGCAGCAAGAAGCAAAGUAGUCAAUAUAAUGCCAAGGCAACUGCUAUUUCGCCAGAAGAAUUUUAUAAAGUUCUAUCGACCAUUUCUAAAUUUAAAGACUUGAAGUGGGGCCAUCAAGAAGAUGCUGAAGAAUUUUUAACCCAUUUAUUAGAUCAACUUCAUGAAGAGUUUAUCAGUGUUAUAGAAUCAUUAACUAAUAACGAAGUCAUGAAUUUGAUCAACAGCAUUAGCGAUGAAGAACUUAAGAUAUUCGUUAUUAAGAAUAUUGCACAAUAUACGAAGGCAGGGUUUAAUAAGACUCCUUCUCCUCAAUUAAAGGCCUUAUUAAAUAAAUAUUCAAGCAGUAUCGAAUCUGAAGGUGAUGGAUGGCAUGAGGUCAGUGGCUCUAGUAAAAAAGGUAAGAAAACCAAAACAGCAGCAAAGAGAACUGUGGAGGUCGAACCAUCUCCUAUAUCUAACCUAUUUGGUGGACAAUUCCGUUCUGUUCUCGAUAUUCCAAACAACAAAGAGUCGCAAUCUAUAACAUUAGAUCCUUUCCAAACAAUCCAACUAGAUAUUUCUGACAAAGAAACUGAUACCAUCGAAUCAGCAUUCAAGAAAUUCAGUGAAUACGAAUUGCUUCCAUUCAAAGCCUCGUCAGGGAAUGACGUCGAAGCCAAAAAACAAACCUUCAUUGACAGGUUACCACAAGUUCUACUGGUCCAAUUGAAAAGAUUUUCCUUUGUGAAUAAUGAAGACAAAGAUAACAACAUGAUGAACUAUAAUUCGAUCAACGGUCGUAUUGAAAAGAUACGUAAGAAGAUAAGCUAUGGUCACGAACUAGUUAUUCCAGAAGAGAGUCUGUCGCCACACUCUUGGAGCCAAACGAACAGAAAAUACCAAUUGACCGGUGUCAUCUACCAUCAUGGUCUAAGUUCUGAUGGUGGCCACUACACUGCCGAUGUCUUCAAUAAGACCGCCGAUAAAUGGUACAGAAUCGACGAUAUCAACAUCACAGAGCUAAAGAAAGACGAUGUCUUGAAAGGUGGCGAAGAUGGUACUGACACAAGAACCGCAUAUAUCUUAAUGUACCAAAAGUUGUAA